AUGGAUCGGUGUGAAGAGAGGCGGCAUAAAGGAUUUGAUAGCAGUGGCAGUGGUGGCAUUGCGGGUUUUGUGACAGUGGCGGCUGAUUCGGUGUUGAUGGCUUGGCUGGGAGAGAAACAACGAAAGCACAGAGCAGGCAUCAAUGGUCGGUGGUUGUGCAAAUGCAAGUAUACUAUUAUGCGUUGA